AAACAACAAAUCAUACCGAUUCAAAAUGUUCAAGUUAACUUUAGUAUCAGCCCUUGUGGCUCUCGCAGCUGCAUCCCCGAUGCCUCCACGCUUGGAUGGUCGCAUCGUUGGUGGUGAAACCGUCGUAAUCGAAGAUUUCCCAUACCAAUUGUCUCUUCAAUACUACGGAAGCCACAUCUGCGGUGCUUCCAUCAUCAGCAAGAACUUCGCCGUCACCGCUGCUCACUGUACCAAUGGAUCCCCAGCUUCCUCUUUGACCGUCCGCGCUGGAUCUUCCAUCAAGGGAUCUGGUGGACAAGUUGUCCAAGUUAGGAAUAUCUUCCAAAAUCCCCAAUUCGACAACCGCAACAUCGAUUACGAUAUCUCUGUCUUGGAGCUUUCCGAUCUAUUGGACUUUGGUGCUUGUGUUCAACCAGUCGGUUUGCCAAGAUUGAACCAAGAAGUCCCAGCUGGCUCUGACUCCGUUGUUUCCGGAUGGGGUGCCCUUUCCGAAGGCGGUGGUUCUCCUUCUCAACUUCAAGCCGUCCACGUUGGAAUCAUCUCCCAGAAGGAAUGCAAGAAGUCUUACGGAGACAGCGCCAUCACCGACCGCAUGAUCUGCGCCGGAGUUAACGGAGGUGGCAAGGACGCCUGCCAAGGUGAUUCUGGUGGCCCACUCGUCGUCGAUGGACAACUCGUUGGUGUCGUCUCUUGGGGAUACGGAUGUGCUCGUCCAGCCAGUCCAGGAGUUUACUCCAGCGUACCAAACAUGCGUGCCUACAUCACCGAAAAAGCCGGCAUCUCAUCUCCAAUAAUCCCACGUUUGGAUGGUCGCAUCGUUGGAGGUGAAUCUGUCGAAAUCGAAGACUAUCCAUACCAAUUGUCACUUCAAUUCUAUGGUAGCCACAUCUGUGGUGCAUCAAUAAUCAGCAAGUACUAUGCUGUGACUGCAGCUCACUGCACUAAUGGAUCUCCAGCUUCUACAUUGGCUGUCCGCGCUGGAUCUUCCGUCAAGGGAUCCGGUGGAAGCGUCUAUCAAAAUCCAAAAUAUAAUGACUACACCGUUGAUUAUGACAUCUCUGUCUUGGAACUGUCUGAACCAUUCAACUUUGGAUCAGGAGUUCAACCUGUAGAUUUACCAAAAUUGAACCAGGAAGUCUCAGCUGGUUCAGACUCAGUUGUUACUGGGUGGGGUACCCUUACCGUAGGUGGAAAUUCUCCUAUCCAACUCCAAGCCGUUCAUGUUGACAUUGUUUCACACGAAGAUUGCGUAAUAGCUUACGGUGGCGCUGCCAUCACCGACCGCAUGAUUUGCGCUGCAGUUAAUGGAGGAGGCAAGGACGCUUGUCAAGGUGAUUCUGGUGGUCCACUGGUUGUUGAUGGACAACUUGUUGGUAUCGUUUCCUGGGGAAACGAAUGUGGGCGUCCCACUUAUCCAGGUGUCUACUCCAGCGUUCCAAAUAUGCGUGAAUACAUUACAGAAAAUGCAGGAAUCUUGGCUUUAGUCUCAGCCUUCUUGGCUCUCGCUGCUGGUAAGUGUAUUUCUUACGUUAUCCCAGCUUUGGAUGAUCGGAUUGUUGGUGGUGAAGCCGUUGAAAUCGAAGAUUACCCCUACCAAUUGUCUCUUCAAUACUUCGGAAGCCACAUAUGCGGUGCUACUAUCAUCAGCCAGAACUACGCUGUUACUGCUGCUCACUGCACUGACGGAUCGUCAGCUUCCUCGCUUAGCAUACGCGCUGGAUCUUCCUACAGGGGAUCAGGAGGACAAGUUGUCCAGGUUAGCAAAAUUAAUCAAAACCCCAAUUAUAGGAAAGAAAACUUAGAUUACGACAUAUCUCUCUUGACGCUCUCCAUGUCAUUGAACUUUGAAGCUGGUGUUCAAGCAGUUGCAUUGCCAAGCUUGAACCAACAUGUCCCAGUUGGCACUGACUGCGUUGUUUCUGGAUGGGGUACCCUUUCAGAAGGUGGCAGCUCUCCCUUGCAACUACAAGCUGUUCAUGUUAAAAUUGUCUCCGUGGCUUCAUGCAAGAGUGAUUAUGGUAGCGCCGCCAUCACCGACCGCAUGAUCUGCGCUGGAGUUAACAACGGUGGCAUGGACGCCUGCCAAGGUGAUUCUGGUGGUCCACUUGUCGCCGAUGGACAACUCAUUGGUAUUGUUUCCUGGGGAUACGGUUGUGCCCGUCCAAAUUAUCCUGGAGUUUAUGCCAGCGUUCCAAAUUUGCUCAAAUUUAUCACUGAUAAUGCGGGGAAUCACAAGUAUGUUUUACCCAAUACAGGACGCAGCACCGGUCCUGUCUCAGCCUUCUUGGCUCUCGCUGCUGCUUUGGAUGAUCGGAUUGUUGGUGGUGAAGCCGUUGAAAUCGAAGAUUACCCCUACCAAUUGUCUCUUCAAUACUUUGGAAGCCACAUAUGUGGUGCUUCCAUCAUCAGCCAGAACUUCGCAGUUACUGCUGCUCACUGCACCGACGGAUUGACAGCUUCCUCAUUGACCAUACGCGCUGGAUCUACCUACAGGGGAUCAGGAGGACAAGUUGUCCAGGUUAGCGCCAUUACUCAAAACCCCAAUUAUAACAAAGAAAACAUAGAUUACGACAUCUCUGUCUUGAGGCUCUCCAUGCCAUUGAACUUUGGAGCUGGUGUUCAAGCAGUUGGAUUGCCAAGCUUGAACCAACAAGUCCCAGUUGACACUGACUGCAUUGUUUCUGGAUGGGGUGCCAUUUCAGAAGGUGGCGGCUCACCUUCUCAACUACAAGCUGUUCACGUUAGAAUUAUCUCCGUGGCGACAUGCAAGAGUGCUUAUGGUAGCGCGGCCAUCACCGACCGCAUGAUCUGCGCUGGAUAUACUAACGGAGGCAUGGAUGCCUGCCAAGGUGAUUCUGGUGGUCCACUUGUCGUCGAUGGACAACUCAUUGGUGUUGUUUCCUGGGGAUACGGUUGUGCCCGUCCAAAUUAUCCUGGAGUUUAUUCCAGCGUUCCAAAUUUGCGCAAUUUUAUCACUGAUAGACUCAAAAUGUUCAAGUUGGCUUUAGUUUCAGCCCUCGUGGCUCUCGCAGCUGCAUCUCCAAUGACCCCACGUUUGGAUGGUCGCAUCGUUGGUGGUGAAACCGUUGUAAUCGAAGAUUUCCCAUACCAAUUGUCUCUUCAAUACUACGGAAGCCACAUCUGUGGUGCUUCCAUUGUCAGCAAGUACUUCGCCGUCACCGCUGCUCACUGCACCAAUGGAUCCCCAGCUUCCUCCUUGAGCGUCCGCGCUGGAUCUUCCAUCAGGGGAUCCGGUGGACAAGUUGUCCAAGUUAAGGCCGUCUUCCAAAAUCCUAAAUUCGACAGCUACAACAUUGAUUACGAUAUCUCCGUCUUGGAGCUUUCCGAUCCAUUGGACUUUGGAGCUGGUGCUCAACCAGUCGGUUUGCCAAGAUUGAACCAAGAAGUCCCAGCUGGCUCUGACUCCGUUGUUUCCGGAUGGGGUGCCCUUACCGAAGGUGGCGGCUCUCCUUCCCAACUUCAAGCCGUCCACGUUGGAAUCAUCUCCCAGGAGGAAUGCAAGAAGGCAUACGGAGACAGCGCCAUCACCGACCGCAUGAUCUGCGCCGGAGUUAACGGAGGUGGCAAGGACGCCUGCCAAGGUGAUUCUGGUGGCCCACUCGUCGUCAAUGGACAACUCGUUGGUGUUGUCUCCUGGGGAUACGGAUGCGCCCGUCCAACCAGCCCAGGAGUUUACUCCAGCGUUCCAAACAUGCGUGACUACAUCACCGAAAAUGCCGGAAUCUAA